AUGCUUACCGAACAGUUCAUCGCAUCCAUAUCUGCGUCAACCAAACCGAAUGCUGGUGUCACGAAAGAUGCAGGCAUUUUCUUCCACGAAUUCCAGCCAUUGCCCGCACAGCGAUAUGUCUUCAAGAAGAGCGCAACGCCGCCAAACUGCCUUGCCGUGAGCAGGUCGCAUAUUUUCGCAGCGCAGGCCGAGAAAGCAGUGGUCCAUAUCUAUAGCAGGGAGAAGGGGAAUCAGGAGGCUAUCGUGCCCUUCCAGGAGAGGAUACGGAGUAUUGCGUUGGCGUCAAAAGAUACGGCGCUGCUGCUGGGGAUGGAGAGUGGGCGGAUAUUGGCAUGGGAGAUAUGCUCAGGGCGCCUAGUAUCCACCUCAACCUCGCAUCUCCAGCCCGUUACAGCCAUCGUAGUAGACCCGGCCUCUAAUUUCUUUCUUUCCGGUUCUUCGGAUUCUAUGAUUCAUGUCUGGAAUCUACCUUCAAUUCUGUCUUUCUCCCCAGACGCAUCGCGCGCCCCUAUACGCACACUCUCUUCUCACCGCAGUCCCAUCACAGGGCUGACAUGCGGACACAGCCACAGCACUGCUAAUCUUGCCAUCUCAAUCUCUCAGGACAAGUCUGCAAUAGUAUGGGAUUAUCACAAUGGGCAAGCGCUGCGAACGUACCUCCUCCCUGCGUCUCCAAUGGCUGUGACGCUAGACCCUGCAGAUCGUGCUAUUUAUGUAGCGUACGAAGACGGCAGUUUGCAGACCAUAUCUUUCUAUGACGAGGUUCAGCAGUCGACGCCAACUGAUCUCCUCCGCGACUCAUCCUCAUUACAUCGGCCCAUACAACCUUCUCCGAAGACGAGGUUUAACGCUGAAUCCCAGAAACUUGGCGGUGCGUUGAGCUUAAGCUUGUGCUGGGAUGGCACGACACUCAUUUCCGGGCACUCAAGUGGCAAGAUGGCAGUUUGGGACCUCGCAAAGGGCAACUAUAUAUCCACGAUAGCCAGCCUUCCAGGGCCUGUGACGAAUUUGCAAUUCCUGCCUCCGACUGGUUUCCCCAAUGCAUCGGAACCAAAAUGUAAGAUCCACACAGUUGUAAAACCAAGACAGGAUUUGGGAGCGGUCAAUGGUGGAAGCGGACUCGUCCCUGCCAAUUAUACAUUGAACAUGCAGUUCACAGGACGGUUGUCAAUACCAAACAUUUCGGCAGCGGAAUCGAGAAGAUCUGAGAAGACUGGGUUUGAAGAGGCAUUAAACCAUCCCAGCUUCCCCACUCAUAUGCUAGAAGAGAGCCUUGCCGAGCUUGAGACUUGGAAUUCUCAGCCUAACGGGCACGUCGCUUCCACAUCAGACUUUCUCUCAUUCUCUUCAUUAGAUGGGAGUGCGCAAGAUGGGGAGGACGAAGUCAAGGAGCUGAAAAAGCAAUUAGCAAGCCUGCAAAGAGUGCAAAAAGUGACGUUUAAGCAAUUAGCAGAUUUGCGGGAAGAGAAGCAGUGGUUCACCAGGCGAGAAAAGAGGAGAGCUGUACGAAAAGAGCUCCGAGCAAAGAAGAAAUUCGGUCUCCUUAAUAACGACGGUGAUGGAGAUGUGAAAAUGGGUGACGCUAGUAAAGGCAGUGGAUCUGAAGACAUCGAAUCGGGGUCAAGUGAAGUUGACACAGACGACAACGACGAAAAUAACUCUGCAUCCUCAAAAUCUGGAAGCGGAAGGGAAAGUAGCGGAGAUUCUUCGGAUUGA